CUUCACCCGGUUACGGAAGCCGACGAGGGUCGAGCGCCGGCCGGGCCUGAAGGAAGUUAGCGGCAGAACCUCCCCAGGUCGCGGUGGCGAGGGACUCGGACCCCAUGGCGACCCCAGAGGCCAGCGGCAGCGGCGGGAAUGGCGAGGGCAGCGACCCCUCCGUCACCUACUUCCGGCUGGAGGAGGUGGCGAAGCGAAACUCCGCGGAGGAGACGUGGAUGGUGAUCCACGGGCGAGUCUACGAUAUCACCCGCUUCCUCAGUGAGCAUCCUGGUGGGGAAGAGGUUCUGCUGGAACAAGCUGGUGCUGAUGCAACGGAAAGCUUUGAAGAUGUUGGCCUCCCUGAUGCCAGGGAAAUGCUAAAGCAGUACUACAUUGGUGAUGUCCAUCCGAGUGACCUUAAACCCAAAGGUAGUAACAAGGAUCCUUCAAAGAGCAGUACGUGCAAAAGUUGCUGGGCAUAUUGGAUUCUCCCCGUCGUGGGCGCUAUUCUUGUAGGUUUCCUGUAUCGUCACUUCACGAGCGACAGCAAAUCCUCCUGAGGAGACCGUGCUGAUGUGUGGGAGCGCAUGCUCCAGGGAGUGAGAAGUAGAGACUGACUUUGGAGGCUGCAGCAAUGCUUCCUCCUUGAAUCCUGCCAGUUCCCCCACUUGAAGCCAAGAUGGUUGACCAGAUGUCUAUCCUCCUUCAAUCUAGGACCAGGGUCCUUCGCCAGCCAGAGCCUGAUGCCCAGAGCAGCUACUCACAUUGUGUCCUUGCCAGGGUUUCUUCUCACUGGCUUCUACUUGUUCCCUUCAUUUCAAGAGUUAAUACUGAUGAUUAGAGUUCCUAUGUUGUAUUGACAUGGCCUUUGGGGACAAGAUAUGAUUUCUGAUACUUUGAAUUUGCAUUAGAUAUAUUUAAGGGGACAGUACUCUAGUUUUGAAUCUUUUCCUGUUUUUCUUUUAAGUAAAUUUAUUUUUUUUAAUUCUGAUUUAAUUUUGUCAUUAUCAUAAGGGGUUUAAUUCAUGAAGUUAAGAUGUGUCUCUCUUAGUUAAAACAUAGCUGCCAAUCAUCUUAUUUAUGAUUAUUAAAAGUAAGGGGCCUGAAAGAUAGAUCUUAGGGUAAAAGCAAUUGACACAAAGCCUGAUGACCUGAGUUUCAUUCCCUGGACCCACAUGGUAAAAGGAGAGAAUCAAUUCCCAAAAGUUGUUUUCUGACCUCUACAUGGAUGCUGUGGCCCUAGUGUACAUGCACAGGUACACACUUUUAGACGUAACACACACAGGCACAGGCCAAGCACACAUUAAACAAAUGUAA